CGCGCCAACACGCGAGCGCGCGCGACGGUCCUCACACGGUGCACCGACCAACCGCCGGCCGGCCGCCUUUCAAUAAUCGAACACUGUUCUUUGCACAAAUGCGAAUACUGGCCAGCAAAUUAAAAAGAAAAGAAAAAAGAAGUGCGUUCGAAAAGUGAACACGUGAAGAACUUUUGAGGUUAUAUCGAUUUACAUUCCGAGGACUAUAGUGAUGUGAAAUAGGUCAUGGUAUACGAUUAUCUGUGAUGCACUGCUAUAGCGUUUAAACGGACUUGCGAACUCGAGUCUCCGUUUGUCAACUCCACUCCGUUAAACCGUGGAACGAACGGUCCCAAUGGAAGAGGGGAAGAAGGAAAUCAAUUUGGACUCCGUGUUAGAGAGCCUCGGACCCUACGGCAGAUACAAUUUGCUAAACUUCGUCCUAUUACUCUUCCCAGUCCUGCUGAGCAGUUUCUUUGAAUGCGGCUUCAUAUUUGAAGCGCAGGAACAAUUUUACAGAUGUGAAGUAUAUGGCUGUGAACAAAGAUUUAACGACACAUCUUGGAUAAACUUCGCCAUACCACUGGACCCUAAGAAGAAUAAGCCGUCGUCAUGCGAGCAGUACGCCCCAAUAGACGAGCUGAGCCUCCAAUGUACCCCAGAUGCCUUCAACAAGAGCAAAACCAUACCCUGUCAAAGCUUUGUCUAUGAGGAAGGGUAUUCUUUUGUCAGAGAGUUCAAUCUUGGCUGCCAAGAAUGGAAACGCGCGCUGGUCGGAACGGUUCACAACUCGGGGAUGUUUGUCACCAUGCUUAUCACUGGAGCCAUAUCAGACAGAUUUGGUCGCAAGAUCGCCAUCGGAGUCGCUUCUCUGGCCAGUUUCAUCUUCGGAAUGGCUCGAGCAUUUGUUCCUGAUUAUCUGACUUAUUUGUCCAUGCAUUUCUUGGAAGCCGGAUUGGGAGGCGGGUUGUAUCCUUCUGCUUAUGUUAUGGCGGUGGAACUGGUUGGCCUCAAACAGCGGGUCAUUGUAUCGGCCAUGUGCAAUAUGACCUUCGUCAUCGGCGUAGUCCUGAUUGCUCUCCUGGCCUGGUUCGUCAACAACUGGAGAACAUAUAUCAUCAUUCUCUACGCCCCCGCCAUCAUUGUAGGAGUCUACGUCUGGUUUAUGAACGAAAGCGCAAGAUGGCUUCUCUCCAAAGGACGAAGGGAUGAAGCCGUCAGAAUACUUAAGAGCGCUGCCAAAAUCAACAAGCUAGACCCCCGGAAACUGGAACUCGAUUGUCUAGGAGACCCGUUAUUGAAACAACAAAACCAAACCGGGGAUAAAAAGUCACAGUUCUCAAAGGCAAUACGGUCAAGCAUAAUAUGGAAAAGACUUCUAAUCUGUUCCUUCCUUUGGGUCACCUGUUCCUUAGUCUAUUAUGGAUUAUCAAUAAAUUCAGUGAACCUCAGUGGGAAUAGAUAUGUGAGCUUCAUGUUGGUGGUGCUGGUGGAAAUACCAGCUUAUAUAGUAGUUGCAAUCGUGUUGGAUAAGUAUGGAAGGAAGAAAACGCUGAUUCCAUGCUACCUGCUUUGUGCGGUCACUAGCUUGCUGUUCGCAUUCUUGCCUUCGAGUUGGUGGUCAGUGCCGCUAUACCUGAUCGGCAAGUGGAGUGUCACCCUGGCGUACAGCUCUGUGUACAUCUACGUGUCCGAAGUCUUCCCUACGAACAUGAGGCAGACGCUGAUCAGUGUUUGUUCUACCGCUGGAAGGAUCGGAUCGCUUCUUGCUCCUCUCACUCCUUUAUUGUCUCUCUACCACAAAUCCAUGCCGACGGUCAUCUUCGGAGGCAUGUGCCUCAUCUCAAGCAUGUUGGUACUGAUGCUGCCAGAAACAAGGAACAUGAGACUUCCCGACACCAUUGAGGAGGCCGAACACCUCUCCAGGAUGAGGAGGAAAUCAGACGAGGGAUAAAUGAUGAGUGUGAACUCUUAGACGGUGGGAAGCGAGAAAAGACAAAUUUUAAUUUUGUAUCGGAAAUUGUUUUCGAAUUUGAUUUUGAUUUCGAAUUUAGGUCGAGAAUUGUUUCCUAAUUUUGAUUUCUGUUAUUUAAUAUCCCUGGUGGAUGCUUAUAUAUAACUUGUCGUGAUUCAUAAUGGCUUAUUCUGUUGCAAAACUGUAUUUUGAAUGAAGUUUCUUUCUAUUCCUUUUUUUUAUGUCUUUUAUGAAAUUUUGGGCAUAAAAUUUAUAAAGUCAGUCUGAGUAUUCGCAUCCAUUCAAUUUAUGUUCAAAAAGCCGUAUUAAAACAGCUGUAUUUUAUUCUUAAAAAGAAAUUUAAAUACUUCAAUACCCCGAUAAUUGGAGAUAUUUAAAUAAUUACUUAACUUAUGGGUAAAUAUUACGGCAAAGAAUAAAAACAAUAUUAUUAUUAUAUUAUUGUUUUAUUAUAUCCUCGUAAGGCCCGGAUUUCCAGACACAAUAGUUAAACAAUGGGAUUUGGAUUUUAAAAGACAUCUGGGCCUUACGACCAUAUAUAAGACGGCGUGGCUGUUAAAUUAAUUAUGAUGACAAAAUAUUACGGUCCGUUUAAAAUUACCUAUUCCAAAACCAUAUUUUAGUCACCACAUCUCAACUCAAACCAACACAUAAAAUUAUAAAUAUAAUUUUCAGCUAUAAUAGUUUUAUGAUUUCCUAAAUCAACUAAAGCAUAAAAUGCAUCCACAAUAAAUGUUCCAUUAUGUAACUUUGUUACAGGUUUUACGAUUUAUUUUAUUGCUGUUAUUUUAAGAAUAACAUAAGGUAUUAUUCUUAAAUGUAUUUGCAAGGACUUCAAAUUGGUUUGGUAAUAACUUUGUCCUCUGUACUCGUACCAUUACGUUGGCUACCAUCUCGAAUUUUAAAGGUCGUAAAUGCCGAAAAAUUGUAAUAAAUUCGCACAUUUUUACAAGUCGUACCUACAUGAAAUAAUAAAUCUUAUAACGUAGAAAUUUCACGGAAGUCCAGAUAUGUCCGAAAAAAUCUGGGAAGUGGUGCGAGGAAAAUCUUUAAAAAUAAUUUAUGUAUGAUUUUAUACAUAAAGUGCUAAAAUGUAGGUAAAUUAAUCUUCCUGUCUUUUUAAGAGAUACAGUGAAAAAAACCCAUCGUCUAAGAAGGAUUAAUUAUUUUUACAAUUAGUUAUAAAAUGUUAUCAUUUUUUGUAUUUACCUGCGAGAAAAUAAUAUUUCUCGAAUUUAAGUAAUACGUUGUUACUUAACUCGAAUAAUGCCAACAAUGUACUUUACAAUCACUUAAUUUUUAUUAUAAUAAUUACAAUAAUUUUGUAUAAUUCCCGUUAAAAUAAAUAUAAUUAUUAUUAUGCUUUACUUAUUUAUUUUUUACAAUUGAUAAAUGUAUCAAAUUCACAUUUACCAAAAAUUUGAAUUAGUAAAUUUGUGAUUGCCAGUUUUUUUAAACUGUGUUCGACUGUCAAUUUAUGUUUCUUAAAUUGCCGUUUGCAGUAUUUCAUUUAUUUUUAAGCAUGCACUUUUUAUUUUGUAGAAAAUGUAGCUGUAUUAUGUAUGAUGUAGCUUGGGACCAAUGAAAAAAAAGAUUUUGUUUCAGUGAAAUAGAGUAUCAAUAAGCUUGAGCAUUUGGUAACAAGUAUUUAUUUGUCUAAUAUUUAGUACAAACAAACGCAUUGUUAAAUUAACAAUUUUUACAAUAAAUAUUUUUUAGAAGUUUCAAAUAAAUAAUUUACUGUUUU